GAAAACAGCCCUGCUACAAGCAGCAAAACACACACAGGGGUGAGAAAGCCUAUGUGAUUGUGUUACAGAGAGCAGAUAGGUGCAUGAACACACAGAGAAGGACAGAAAAAAAAGACUUAGAGAAGAAGAUUCAGUCAGACAUAGAGAGAAGAGAGAGAAAGAGAAGAAGAGGAGAGAGGUAAAGUCAGAAGGAGGAAGUGUGAGGGGUUUUGCUGCUGUGCUGGGAUCAUGUCUCUGAAUGGGAAGGUGGCUCUGGUGACUGGGGGGGCUCAGGGCAUUGGGAGAGCUGUGGUCCAGUCACUGCUUCAGAGCUCAGCCAAGGUGGCCGUGGUCGACCUGAACAAGACCUGUGGUGAAGAGUGCAAGGCACAGCUGGACGCCGAGUUUGGAGAAGGCAACUGCUGUUUUAUCCCGUGUGAUGUGUCCAAUGGAGAAGCGCUGAGAGAUGCGUUCCAGAGCACCGUGGACCUGUUUGGUCGUCUGGACAUCGUCAUCAACAACGCUGGCAUCAACAACGAAAAGAACUGGGAGAAGACCAUACAAGUCAACCUGACCUCUGUGAUCAAAGGGACCUACUUGGCCCUGGAACACAUGAGUAAAGAGUACGGCAAGGAAGGAGGCACCAUUAUCAAUGUAUCCUCUAUGGCAGCCUUUCUGCAUUCACCUCAUCAGCCCGUCUACACUGCUACGAAACAUGGAGUCAUUGGCUUCACCAGAGCUAUGGCGGACGCGUCCUCUCAGGGCGACUACGGUGUGCGGAUCAACGUCCUGUGUCCGGCCUUUGUCGACACUCCCCUGCUGCACUCGGUGGAACAUGAGGACAACAUGGGCAAGUUCGUCAAGUUCAAGGAUGAUUUUAAACUCAGGAUGAGCAAGUUUGGAGUUUUACAGCCAUCCUUGAUAGCGGAGGGCAUGAUGAGGUUGAUUACGGACACCAGUCUGCACGGAGCGGUGAUGAAGAUCACCUGCUCCAAGGGAAUCCACUUCCACACCUAUGAGCCUCUGUCCGCUUGAGCCUUGUUACACUGGACUGCUCGUGCUGCUGCUGAGGAGGAGAAUCAUGCAGUGCUUUAUCUUGUCUGAAAUCAACACACCAGACUCGAGUUCAGGACACGUGGCUGCUGCUGGACUUUGUAUCAGAACUGUGUCAGAGCAUCAUUCAGAUUCUACAGGGAAACUGACCUGCUUGUGUAUAUAGGCCUGUCUGAAUGAACACAUGAAUGCUAUGUAAAUAACAGUAAUAUUCUAAUUGUCUGAUUGAUAAGGGGUGAAGUCAGGUAAAUUGGGACAAAUAAGGUUUUACAUCUCAGGUUCUUUAAAUAUUAGCAGUAAAUCUCGGAACAUGUUAUUGCAUCAUUACAACUAAUGUGCUUUACAUGAAACAAUCAUGUCGACUGGUCUGAGAUGGGCACAGCAAAGACUCAAAAAAAAAAAUCACUUGCCCUAAAUCUUGCAAGGUGUGACACCAUGUGGCAUGUUGAGUUUUUGGUAACAAGAGUGCUGCAGCUAAAACAGUAUAGCAAUGAAAAUGUUUGCAGGAUGUUGCAUUUUAUUAAUUAUCUGACUUAUAAUCAGAGGUGGGACCAGUCAUUGUUUUGCAGGUCGCAUGUAAUUCUCAAGUCUUUGCACUCAAGUCCCAGUCAAGACUAACAAGUCUCAAGUUCAAAACUUUGAGUUUCAAAUCUUAACAAGUCUUAAGUCAAGUUAA